UCGUCUCAGGGAGGAAUCGGACCGGCCACAUCCUUGCUCUGUGGUCAUUUCUUAAUUCCAAAAAAUAUACUAAAUAAUCAAAACACAUCCGCGAUGGAGGGUCAGGGUGAAAAUGACGAGCUCUACCCUAUCGCCGUUCUCAUUGAUGAGCUAAAGCACGAUGAUGUCCUCCUCCGCCUCAAUGCAAUUCACCGUCUUUCAACGAUUGCCUUAGCUCUAGGUCCCGAGAGAACUCGUGAUGAGCUCAUCCCAUUCCUUGACGAUUCCGUCGAGGAUGAAGAUGAAGUUUUGACCGCAUUAAGUGAAGAGCUUGGGUCCUUUUUAGAGUAUGUUGGUGGCCCGGAAUAUGGCCACGUACUGCUCUCUCCUUUGGAGAAUCUAGCGGCCAUUGAGGAGCCCUUGGUGAGAGAAAAGGCUGUUGAGUCACUUAACAAGAUCGGCGAACAGCUGUCCGAGAAACAAGUUGAAGAAUAUUAUGUUCCAAUGGUCCAGCGCUUAUCGAAGGCUGAUUGGUUCACCUCAAAAGUGUCCGCUACCGGUCUCUACUGCAUCCCAUACAAGAAAUCGUCCUCUUCCCUGCAACAGACCUUACGCCAAUUUUUCGCUGGCCUCGUACGCGAUGAAACCCCCAUGGUCAGACGUCAAGCCGCCAACAAUCUCGCGAAGUUCGUGAAGGAGAUGACUGCCCCGACCGUCAUUGACGAAAUGAUACCCCUCUUCCAAUACCUAGCUGGCGAUGAUCAGGACAGUGUGCGUCUACUCACGGUGGAUAUUCUCAUCGCCAUUGCAGAAGAGAUCCCGAAGGAGCAACAACCCAGCCACGGCGUAUUGCUGACAUCUCUGCGGAGCUUGUUUGAAGAUAAAAGCUGGCGCGUCAGAUAUAUGGUUGCGGACAGAUAUGAGAAAAUCGCGAAAGCCGUGCAUGAGGAAGUUGUCACUCGCGACAUGGUACCAUCGUUUGUUAAACUUCUAAAGGAUACUGAGGCUGAAGUUCGCACUGCCAUUGCUGGACAGAUACCAGGGUUCUGUUCUCUGAUUGAUCGGGAAACUUUGCUCAACGAAAUCAUGACCAGCGUGGAAGACCUCGUAUCAGAUCCAUCUCAGCAUGUGCGCGCGGCCUUGGGGACUCAAAUUAGCGGACUUGCGCCUAUUCUUGGAAAGGAAGAGACUAUCUCCCACCUCCUCCCAAUGUUCCUUCAGAUGCUCAAGGACGAGUUUCCUGACGUGCGACUACAUAUUAUUUCUAAAUUGGAGUUGGUUAACAAGGUUAUUGGCAUCGAACUCCUAUCCCAAUCACUUCUUCCCGCUAUUGUCCAACUCGCCGAAGAUAAACAGUGGCGAGUUCGUCUUGCCAUCAUUGAAUACAUUCCCCUUCUCGCAAGUCAGCUAGGAGUGACCUUCUUUGACGAGCAACUCAGCGACCUCUGUAUGGGCUGGCUUGGAGACACCGUCUUCUCUAUCCGCGAGGCCGCCACGCAAAAUCUCAGGAAGUUGACGGAGGUAUUCGGCGUCGAGUGGGCUAAGGGCUCCAUCAUUCCAAAAGUCAUGGCAAUGGGCCAACACCCUAAUUACCUCUACAGAAUGACGACAUGUUUCGCUAUCUCAACACUAGCACCCGUUGUCACUUUGGAAAUCAUCGAGAGCUCAGUACUACCCAUCCUUGACAGACUCACUUCAGAUGAAAUCCCCAACAUUCGGUUUAAUGUUGCCAAGUCCUAUGCUGUCCUGAUCGACGUACUGCGACGACUUCCCGCACAGGGCACUCUAGGUGACCAAGAAAAGGAAGGCAAAACCGAGUCUCCUUCGCCAAAGGGUCAAGAGCUCAUCCAGCAGAGCGUCCUUCCAAGCUUGGAAAAACUCCAGGCUGAUGAGGAUGUUGAUGUUCGGUACUUUGCAACUACUGCUGCCGGCAGCAACGAGGAGGUCAUGCAGACCUCGCCAUAAGGCUAAACUAUCUAUUUCACGGAGGCCAGUUUUGUAAAGCACCUUAAGUGUGAGCGGAAGAAAACCUUAUGGCGCUCACACCUUGGGGGGAUUGUCAAUUUAGUCAACUUAGAAGUAGUCAGAACAACUGACUGGGGUGGAACUUCCAUGGCGUUCUAAAUGUAGAUUCUCUUGGUCCAUCCAAUAGUCUGGAAUAAACCAAACUUAUCAUGUCUGUUCUUUAAAAUCCACGAAUCCACGAAGUUGAGAGUUGAAUGCCAUCAUGUGAUUUGCACUUUCGGUCUAGAUUAUUAAUUCCAUCUCGCCAAUUUGCUACAGUUCUUUUAAUUCCAGGUCAAUCUUCCAGCAACAAAUCGAACUCUUUAGUAGAUACAAUUUUACAUUACAUC